AAACGCGGUUUGGUGAAGAAAUGUCGUCACGGCUGCAUUCGAGCUUUUCACCCUGUUUAAAGAUGCACUCAACACCAAAGAACCAAAGACAUGUUUGCCAGUGGAAAACAAGAAACAGUUGAUUUGCGAGGAGAGCGAUCAUGUGUUUAUUUUUUAAGAUCGGAAUAAAACUGAACCUCAAAAUUGCAAUAAAUCAUCAAGGUUGACACAACAGCCUCUUAAACAUCUACAAACUCUCAAGUGUUCAAAAAGGGCUUAAAUUAUUGAAUAUAAUUUAAAAAGGUCUCUUCAGUAUAACAAAUAAAUAAAAUAAUGUUAAGUACAAUUAAAGUCAAAGUCUUCUUGCACUGCACAUGCUGGUUUCGGCCUCAUCUCACAUAUAACACACUUAUAAUAAUGCACACACAUUGGGUAAAACACACAAGAUACAGUACCUUCAAUGCCCUGAAGAUGGCGAUAUCACUUCUUCUGUUGCAGAAAUAAACUGCUGCAGAAAGUUAAGUGUCAUGCGAAAUGUGACCAGCUAUUGCUUUAAUCUUCAGGAAAUGUAUUGGAGUAAAGAGAACAGAUACUUAUUCAAAAAUGUCGUCAACUUAAGAGUACAAGUUGUGAAUAUUCCUGAUACUCAGAAACUACAAAGCAGCCAAGAAUAUAGUUGAGUAUCGUCACUGAUUACAUUUGCUCAAAUACUUUACACAGCUGUUUGUUUCUAAGAUAUAUCGACCCAUUUCCUUUGUGUCUUUUUGCUUUCUCUGAUCCAGGAUUAGUGCUUGUCAUUUCUCAAGUCAAUGAUGAGUCAAGAACAAAGCUACAAGGAAGUAGAUAUUACGAAAGAAGACUAACUAGUAAAACAAGUGUUCGUGAACUUGCUGAUAAUCUGUCCUCAUUACAGAACUGCACAGAUCAUAAUCAUAAUUUCAAGAGUCUCAGGACUGAAACAUCUGCAAUUCUAGUUUGGAGAGCCUCUAGAAAGCUGCUAAAGAACAUCAACGCCGUUUUUUUUUUUUUUAAAACAUAUCGCCUUUAAUAAUAAAUCAUAACUAAUGUGUGUUAUGAAAGUAUUUGCAUUUUGGUGCAUUCAUGAAAUCUGUGCAUAUUUUGGCUUUAAAUCCGGGACAAUUGCUGGAGCCAUCCAGGUCUCUUGAACAAUUUCCAACAGUGAUGUUGGUCUGCCAACUUUUCCCACUUUUCCAGUGAAUGAUUUUUAGUGAAGAGGAAAUGUCCCUAAAGCCAAUGGCAGUGUCACAUGCCGAUAAGCCCUUAAAAAGCCCAGAAAGCCUUGCAGUGCAGGACGACCACCUCUCCAGUUUGAAGGCUUUGACUGAGAAGCUGAAGCUCGAGACCGGAAAGCCGUCUUCCCUGGACUGGAGAGCUCAGCUGGAGGAGAUGCUCGCCCAGAGCCACAGAGUCUCGGAGACACCGGGUGACACGGACAAACACAAAACAUCAGGUCCUCUUCAGCGGGCCAAGCCGUCACUGGAAGCUGGUGUGAUCCAUAAAGGGAGGCAACCAUCAGGGAACAGACUGGGAUUUGGAAGUAUAGACCAAGCAUUGGAGUGGCUCAAGAAAGAUCUGGCAGAGAUGCGUUUACAGGACCAGCAGCUCGCACGUCAGCUAAUGCACCUGCGCACUGAGAUUAACAACCAGAGAAUCGUGCAGACGUGUUGCCAACAUCGCAAGAUGCUGAACGAUGCCACGUUUGAGCUGGAGGAGCGAGACGAUAUGUCCGAUUUAUGUGACGCUCCCAUGUCUCCUGGAUUAGGCCUGUCCUCGACACUCAAGGUUAUCGGGGUCACCAAGAUGAACAUCAACUCUCGGCGGUUCUCCCUGUGCUAACACCAGGGCACAGGGGACUGUCUUUUUAUCUUAAAGGGGUCAUGACAUGGAAUUGAGGUUCACUUAUAUAACUAAAUUUUUAUGGCACAAAAACGUAUGUGGAAAAAUGACCUUUAAGGCUACUUUAAGGCUUUUCAGUAAAUAUUAUGAUUGGCUAACAUCACUGCAUAGUAAACAGUAUGAACGCCCACUCGCUAUUGCACAUGAGUAAGUGUUUUGGAAACAUUAUCCAUAUAAAACCGUCAUUUACAGACAAAGCAUUAUUAAAUCAUUUCCUUACGGUUUGUGACGCAUCCAAUACAGUUGGAUAGUACAGCUUCAUCUUUUAACAAACGUUUCUUUGCAAACUCCAUUACACUGUGCCUUGUAUACAAAACAAUCUGCAGUCAGAUGCUCAGAACAAACAUAUAAUCAGGGCUUGACAUUCACUUUUUCACUCACCAGCCACUGUGGCUUGUGGUUUUGCAGUUACUAGCCACUCAGCAUUUUCACUGAUAGAUAUAGAUAUUUUUAAUAUUAUCUCGUAUAUUAGGCUGCUGUCACUUUAAGAACUGACGCACAAAUCCAUUAUACUGUUACACAUUAGUUUUCUUUCUCAACUGUUUACGUUCACAUCUCAUCAACUCGCUGUCGGAGAGAAAGAGACGCUGGUAUUGCGUAUCAAUUCUGCUGAAAAUGAGUAUCGGAAGCAUUUCAGAUAUUUCAGUAUCGGUAUGUAUCUAAAAAUCUAUAUUUUGACAACACUACAUUGCCCUAUUUUAUUU